GACCCAUCCUGCGGAGACGCGUUCCGGGGGCGCGGGGCCGGCGGGGACCUCCCGACCAUCCGUAAACUCCUCCUCGAGUUUCGUUUCCGCCAGCCAUUGAGGGGAUGCGGGUACCUGUUUGGGGCGCCGGCGCCUGCGCCCGCCCGCGCGCGCGCGCUCUCUCCCUCUCCCUGCAAAAAUUGGAUCUCUAGGUCCCCACACCGAGGUGCACAGACGCCAAACAGUGAUGAAAUGAGAAGAAAGCCAAUUGCCGGACUGGAGGUGGGGGAGAGAUAGCGUCUCUGCGUGCGCCCGCCGCCGAUCCGGGCGCCCUAAUUGCUGUAGACAGGGAGCGCGGGGGGCUGGGCCGAGGUAGCGGUGUAUAAAUAGUGAGAUCUCAAGUUGAAAGGCAUAAAUAACACCAGAAGGGAUCUACCCUCACACGGACAGUCCUCUCCGCGCGGGGAGGCGUGCGGACCUCAGCCCGGCUCCCGGCCAGCCCCGCCGCGCCCCCCGCGGACCCCGCAGCCCCCGGGCAGCCAUGGAGGAACUCACGGCUUUUGUAUCCAAAUCUUUUGACCAGAAAAGCAAGGAAGGCGGCGGUGGCGGCGGCGGCGGCGGCGGCGGCAAGAAGGAUUCGAUCACGUACAGGGAAGUUUUGGAAAGCGGACUGGCGCGCUCCCGGGAGCUGGGGAGCUCGGAGUCCAGCCUCCAGGACCUUACGGAGGGCAGCGGCCACUGCCCGGUGCAUCUGUUUAAGGACCACGUGGACAGCGACAAGGACAAACUGAAGGAGUUCGGCACGGGGAGGGCUGCGGAAGGCAUCUACGAGUGCAAGGACAAGCGCGAGGACGUCAAGUCCGAGGACGAGGACGGGCAGACGAAACUCAAGCAGAGGCGCAGCCGCACCAACUUCACGCUGGAGCAGCUCAACGAGCUGGAGAGGCUGUUCGACGAGACCCACUACCCCGACGCCUUCAUGCGCGAGGAGCUCAGCCAGCGCCUGGGGCUCUCGGAGGCGCGCGUGCAGGUUUGGUUCCAGAACCGGAGAGCUAAGUGCCGGAAGCAAGAGAACCAGAUGCAUAAAGGCGUUAUCCUGGGCACCGCCAGCCACCUGGACGCCUGUAGGGUGGCCCCCUACGUGAACAUGGGCGCCCUCCGAAUGCCUUUCCAACAGGUUCAGGCACAGCUCCAGCUGGAAGGCGUCGCGCACGCGCACCCGCACCUGCACCCGCACCUGGCCGCGCACGCGCCCUACCUGAUGUUCCCGCCGCCGCCCUUCGGGCUGCCCAUCGCGUCCCUGGCCGAGUCGGCCUCCGCCGCCGCCGUCGUGGCCGCCGCCGCCAAAAGCAACAGUAAAAACUCCAGCAUCGCCGACCUGCGGCUCAAGGCGCGGAAGCACGCCGAGGCCCUGGGGCUCUGACCCACCGCCCGCGGCCCGCCCGGCCCCGGCCCCACGACCCCGCCCACGCUGCGUCCUGCGCGCGCCCCCUCCGCGCCCCCCGAAGGUUCGCACGGACGCCCUGCAGCGAGCGCGCGGGCCCUGGGGCAGCGGCCUCCCCGCUCGCUCGGGGCAGCCCGGGGUGGGGCCCACCACUGGCCUAGGGAGGGGGCCUUCCGGGGCCCUCACGACCCCGCCAGACCCUCGCAGAGACCGCGCGGAAGAACGCAGGUGACGCUCAGACCACCCAGCCCUUUGCCGCGCUGUCUGCACUUCCUGGGACCCUGCGCCACCGGGAGCCCCUGUGUGCCCCUGUGCGCCCCGCGCGCUCCUGUGCGCCCCUGUGCUGCCGGCGGCGUUCCUACCCUGUGCAUGUGGCUUCCUACUCGCCUUUGGAAGAUCUUAGAGUCUAUUAAACAAAAGACCGGGGGCUGGUCUCCGCUGAA